AUGUUGGCUAGUACAAAUUCAGUCAAGUUAAGGAACUCACAUCAUAAUACCAACAGUGGGACCUAUUUUCGACCCCUAACCCAAAUUUACAAAAAUGAAAAAAAAAGUAGACCCACAAAAGUAACCAAACUUAAUUCUGUUAAUCGGGAAAUUGUUAAAACGAGGAAUAUAAUAAGAAAAAAUAAAUACAAACCAAGAGAAAAAAAAAAAAAAAUAAUAAAUAUACUUUUCCUAACACAAAAUAAAAUACUAAAUAAUUAUAAAAAGAAAUGUAUUAAAAUGAUUUUAGCACCUAAAGGAUCUAUUCAUGAAAAAAAAACAAAAUUCAUUUUAGAAGAUCCUGUAAAAACAUAUCCUUGGGAAAUUAGUAUUCCUUUUCAUGAAACAAUAACAAAAGAAAUAAGUCCAUAUUAUAAUUUUUUAAAAGGUGAAUGGGCAUAUUUAGAUCAUAGAAGAGAUGUAAGAAAACCUUGUGGCAAAAUCGAAGGAGGAUUAGAAAAUUAUGAUGGUAAAGGAUUAAAAUUAAAAAAAGGCAAAGAUAGACAAAGGUAUAAAAAAAUACCAUAUUAUUUAGAUCAUGGUGUAAGCUGGAGAAAUUAUAAUUUUGAUGAACUUAUACAAUUUGAUUUUGAAACUGAUGGAAAUCAAGAUCAAACAUUUUUAGAAACAGAAGAAGAUUUAGAAUAUAGACAAUGGGGUAAUUGGAAUUAUGUUAAUGCAAAAGAAACAACACAAUUAAAUACAAUUUGGCGAGACCCUGUUUUAUCUAAAGAUUUAUCAAACUUAAUCUAUCCAUGGAAUCAUAAAAUAAUAGAAAAUCAUAUUAUUCCUCAUGGUUAUCCAUCACCAACUUGUUCAAUACCUGAGCCACGAAUCGAAUGGGAAUUGGCAGCAAGAGGGUUUUUUGGGGGAUAUUUUGAAGAUCCAAAUUGGAAUCGAAUUAAAUUUUAUAAAAUUAUGAAACGUCUUAUUAUUGAAUGGCAUGAAAUUAAUAAACAUACUGAUAAAACAAAAGAUCAAAUACGAAGAAUUGAUGAAAUAAAAACUGAACUAUUCGGAAUUUCAAGUAAAAAAAAAUAUUCAUCAAAACAAAUUAAACUAAUUAAUGAUCAUGCAUAUUUAAGAGCUAAAGAAAUAUUACUUGAUCAUAUAAUUAAUCCAAAUAAUGAUUCUGAUUAUAUUUCCUAUUACUUGGAUAGACAUGAACCUAUUGAUUAUAUUGGAGGUGGUAAUUAUAAUUGUAGUUCUGAUGAAAUUCAAAACAAAACGGUAGUACUUAAUAUGUGUAUAUAUCCAGUAAAACAACAACAUGAAUCUUAUUCUUAUAAUAUGUCAGUACCUGAAAUGGCAGAAAUGUAUCAUUACUUUAUGACUGAAAUUAGAAAUGAAGGACGAUCACAUCAAUUAGCUGAAGAUCCGAAUGAUGAUAGAUACCAAUCAUAUGAAUUACAAAAUGAAAGAAAAAAAUUCCCUGCACUUAUUGCAUUAUAUAAACCCUUAUGGUCAAAUAAAAAAUAUGGCGAAGAAUUUGGUGAUGCUUUAACUCCUAACCAAAAAUUAUCUUCUCUUAAUUUUUCAAAAUUCAAUGCUAAACUUACUUUGAAAAAAAAAAAUACUAAUUUAGAUAACCAGGACACAGAUAAAUUCAACUACGUUGAUGAUUACAAACAUGUUGACGACACCUACGUGUAG